AUGAAAAGACGGACAAAAGUCGAACAAACUAGCCACGUGGAUAAGCGAAUCAAAUACCGAUUCCAAACACUGAAGCUGAGACCACGCCACCCGAGGCCAGACUUCAAAACCUCGCUGGUAGUACUAUUGCCUACAGACUACUCCACUAUCGGCGGCACAGAACCUCAAUCGUUGUGGUUUGUUUUGUUUCUGGCAUCGUUUAACGGAUUUUGA